UACAGUAAUAGUUUGUUAGUAGUUGAAUGAUAUUAUUGUAUUUUGCAUCUAGUCAAUCAUGGUGUUCGAAAUAAGAAACAAAGUGGCAAUAGUGACCGGUGGAGCAUCUGGAAUCGGCUUACGUUUCGUUCGACAAUUAUUAACUAAGGAUAUUAGGGGAGUAGUGAUUGCUGAUAUAAAUGCUGACAAUGGAAAAAAAAUAUCGGAAGAAUUAAAAAGAGAAUUUGGUUCAGAAAAAAUAGUAUUUGCAAAAACAGAUGUAUCCAAUACAAAGAGCUUUGAAGAUGCAUUUGAGAUGGCGCUGAAACAUUUUAAAAACAUUGAUAUUCUUAUAAACAAUGCAGGAGUUUGUUUAGACAGCCAAUGGGAGAAAGAAGUUGAUAUAAAUUUGAAAGGACCCAUCAACGGAAUAAUUCUAGGUAUGGAAAAAUAUUUACGGAACCAUAAACAAGGAAACGAAGCAGUGAUUUUAAAUGUAUCUUCCGCUAGUGUCCUAUACUCGGUUCCUUUGUUCCCAAUAUACGUGGGCACCAAACAUGCAAUAGUGGGAUUAACGAGAUGUUGGGGCCAUCCUUGGCAUUUUGGACGAACUAAAGUUAGAGUUGUUGCUGUUUGUCCUGGACUUACCAAUACUCCCAUCUUAGAUGGUUUUCAAACAAGUUGUCUUAGUCAGGCGUAUUUGCCUUUAAUUGAAAAGAUAAACGUUGACUUUGGGCAUACUAUGCAAAGUCCAGAACAUCUUGCGAAGGAAGCGAUACAUGUAUUAGAAAAGGCGCCAAAUGGAACCGUCUGGGCUAUCGAAAACAGCCAAUCACCAAUUGAAUAUACUGUUUUAGAUCACGCUGAUAAAUUAUCCAAUAAUAUUUUACAUUAAUGAGGUAAUUGAUUUGUAAAUAGAAUUUUUAAAUGUGAAUAUAUUUUAUCUAUAUUGAGUAUAAUAAAGAGAAUCAUUUUAA